AUGGCUACCCCCAGUGUCCUUACCUUUGAUACUGAGGGUCGUGCUGUUGACUUUGAGGUCUCGGUCAAUGACCUCCAGCUGUUCCUACAGUGCGAUAGGGCAGACGGACUCUCCCUGUUCGAUCUCACCUCUGGUGUCUCUCCUGCCCCGCCUGCUACUGCUGACAGCACUGUUCGCUCACAAUGGGCCACGCGCGAUGCUGCUGCCCGUCUUGCUGUGCGUCGCCACUUACCGACCACUGAGCUUUGCCCCACCACACUCACCGUUGACCUCCUCGAGGAGCGCCUCCUAGCAGCAGAGAAGAGCAUAGUCGCUGUAGGAGCCUCUCGUAGUGACCCUCGCACCCCCGUCUUUGAGGGGUGUUCUCCCUCCCCCCUCUUGCCCUUUGCUGCUUCUGCUGCUGCGGCCGACCUCGUUGGCUUCGAGUCGGUCGGCGCUGCGUCUACCCCUAGCGGGAGACGCCGCACCGGCAAGGGUAAGGGGGGCAAGGGCGUUGGAGGGGCUGGCGGGGGCGGUGGAGGUGGUGGUGGAGGCAGUGGAGGGGGUGGGGGUGGUGGUGGGAGUGGUGGCGGGGGUGGAGGUGUCGGUGGCAGCAGUGGAGGCGGAGGAGGCGGCGGUGGUGGCGGAGGGAGUGGAGGCGGCGGAGGUGGCGGAGGUGGCGGAGGUGGUGGAGGCGGCGGAGGUGGCGGAGGCGACGGAGGCAGCGGUGGAGCUGGUCGCGGCUCUGCGCAGAGGAGUGGCUCCGCUGGUGGUCCGCGCCAGCAGCAGCAGCGCAGUCGUGAGACCCUGUCCCCUCAGCAGCUUCGUGCGUGGUACGCUGGGCGUCAGCGGGGUGGGGGUACUGGUCCUUGCACCUACGUCCUCCGUACAGGCGACCGCGCUGGUGAGCAGUGCGGGGGCACGCACUCCACCCACCGCUGCUUCGGCCGCCUGACGGACGCUUGGCGUCAUCAGUUCCCUGACGCCACUGAGAUCCCUCGCUGGGGAGAGCUGUCUAGGGCGGGGGUUGCUAUCUUUGAUCUUGACUAUGAUGCUAUUCUUACUGCCAUGUAUGCUGUGUCUAUUAGUGAUGAGGGUGACUGUUACCUGUGUGUUCCGCCUGACCUAGGCAUUGAGGCUGCUGCUCUAGGUGCUGAUCGCACCACGCUUACGCCACUUAGUCGGCCGGUUGCGGUCUCCCUGGCGGACCCCUCUGGGGGUCCUGUCCUUGCUAGCUUCUCCACUGUCUUACCGUGUCCGGCAGCCCCCGCUGGCACCCUACUCUCCUUUGGCACCACCGCCUUGGUCACCCCUCCCUGCCUUGUCUCCGAGGCAUGGCCUCACGUGUCCUUGUCUCUGGUCUCCCCCGGUCCCUCCCUCCCCUACCUCUGA